AUGCCUAGGUACAUUGAAACCCUAUGGUCGUGGUCGCGUCGUGCUAAGAUCAACAGCUACCUCAACGUCAACAGACUUGUCCAUUUCUCGACGUUCUCUGCCGCCGCUCCGCACUUGAUCAUGGAUGCCCUCGUGACGACCUUUGACUACAUAGGUCGGGUGGUGUUCUUCGGCAAUAAUGGCACCUUGCCCAGAGUACCCAUCACUCACAUUAUGCCGGCAGCCAUUACAUUCCUGCAAGCCGGCGUCCUCUUACUCGCAAACUUUGGGCGAUGGGCGUGGCCAGAACCGCUGAAACGGGCUGACAGUUGCCCAGGGUACCGGGUCAGCAAUGUCCAGCGUGGGGAUAGUAGCUUGAGGGCGGACUUGACUCUGGCUGGGAAGGAAUGUAAUUUGUAUGGUCAAGACCUGCAACACUUGAAGUUUUUGGCAGAAUGGCAGACAGACUCUCGCCUGCAUGUCAUCAUCUACGACCAAGAUGAGCAGGUGUAUCAGGUUCCCGACUUCGUGGUUCCGCGCCCAUUGGGAUCUAGUAGUGGAACUGAUGCCUUGCUGGAUGUCUCAAUUGUAGAAGAGCCGUUUUCAUUUGCUGUCAUACGCAAGAGCAAUGAAGAGACUUUGUUUAAUACCAGUGGCUCUACUCUCAUCUUUGAGUCACAAUACUGGAGACUAAGGACUUCGCUACCCAAGAACCCAAACUUGUACGGCUUGGGCGAACACACUGACUCGUUGCGAUUGCCAACGACAGACUAUGUCAGAACGAUGUGGGCGCGCGAUGCUGGUGCCGUACCCGAAAGGACAAACUUGUACGGAAGCCACCCGGUGUACUAUGAGCUGAGGGAUAAGGGGCUUUCACACGGUGUACUCCUAUUAAACAGCAAUGGUAUGGAUAUCAAGAUCAAUGACGACGAUGGCCAGUAUUUGGAGUACAAUGUUAUCGGCGGCGUUAUCGAUCUCUAUUUCAUGGCUGGUCCAGGCCCUUUUGAUGUUGCUCGCCAGUACAGCGAGAUCUCACAGAAGGCUGCCAUGAUGCCAUAUUGGGGCUUUGGCUUCCACCAAUGUCGCUUUGGAUACGACAGCGUGGAAGCCCUUGCCGACGUGGUGGCUAAUUACAGCAAAGCCAACAUUCCCUUGGAAACUAUGUGGACUGAUAUUGACUAUAUGGAUAACUUCAAAGUCUUCACUCUGGGCGAGAACUUUCCCCUCAAGAAGAUGCGAGCUUUAGUAAAUAAUUUGCACAGCAAAAGUCAACACUACAUCGUAAUGGUGGACCCAGCUGUCGCGAAACAAGACUAUGCAGCUUACAAUAACGGAGUCAAAGGCGACAUUUUCCUCAAGAAUCCGGAUGGUAGCAUCUUCGAAGGCAGGGUUUGGCCAGGUGUAACUGCGUUCCCAGACUGGUUCCAUUCAAACGUGCAAGACUAUUGGGACUAUGAAUUUGCCACUUUCUUCGACGCCGACACUGGCGUAGACAUUGACGCACUCUGGAUCGACAUGAACGAACCAUCAAACUUUAAUGAAUACGGAAAUGACCCCAAUUUAUCAGGCAACGGCAUCGCAGAUGGUAUCGUAAACAUCACUGAGGAAGAGGAUGGAUUCAAAGCUGCUCCAGGGCGCAUGGCCGAACAUCAAGCUCCGCUCAUUACUACGGCUACGAAGGUUGAUGUGCGCAAGCUGGCAGCGCGUCAGGCACGCGGAAAGAAGAUUGGGCUUCCCGGACGUGAUUUAAUCAACCCUGCAUAUAAGAUUAAAAACGACUUUGGGUCUCUGAGUAACAAAACUGCGAAUACAGAUUUGAUCCAUCAAGGCGGAUAUGCCGAGUAUGAUACACACAACCUAUACGGCACAAUGAUGAGUGAAGCAAGCCGGCGUAGUAUGCUUGCGCGACGACCUAAUAAGCGCCCUAUGGUGAUUACGCGUAGCACUUUUGUUGGUGCAGGAAGCUAUGUUGGUCACUGGUUGGGUGACAAUGUAUCCGCGUGGGAUCAAUAUCUGACAUCAAUUCGCCAUCUUCUUCAGUUUGUGUCAUUUUUCCAAGUACCCAUGGUCGGUGCAGAUGUUUGUGGCUUCUUGGACAACACCAACGAACACCUUUGCGCACGCUGGACCGUCCUGGGCGCUUUCUACCCUUUCUACCGAAAUCAUAAUGUUAACGGUGCAAUCUCACAGGAAGCAUACCGCUGGGAGUCUGUCGCUGCAGCAGCUCGGAAGGCCAUCGAUAUCCGCUACCGCCUCCUUGACUACAUCUACACAGCCAUGCACAAACAAACUGUCGACGGGACCCCCAUGCUCGCACCCAUGUGGCAAGUACUCCCCGUUCAAGCCCUCUUCAAACAAGGCACUCCAUCUGACUCAAACACCAGGAUGCACUUCCCCACCGACCCCAAAGCCGCCGCAAUCCAACUUCAAUUCUUCUACGGCCCUUCCCUCCUCAUCAAUCCCGUCACAGAAGAGCGUUCCACAUCCGUCGAGUUCUACGUGCCAAAUGCCACCUGGUAUGACUUUGAAUUGCAAAAGCCGCUCCCCGCAGGCGCAGCUGGUAGCAUGGUGCUCAGGAACGACGUCGCAGACACCGAUAUUCCGAUUCUCAUCCGCGGCGGCUCCAUCAUUCCCCUCCGCGUCAAGAGCGCAAUGACGACGCACGCACUACGCGACCAGGACUUCGAGUUGCUCUUGGGAUGGGUCGACGAUUAG